CGUACGCUGUGUGUGUAUAUGCAUUCUAGAAGAAAGGAGAGAGAGAGAGAAGAACACGAAGCCACUUUACACUUCUUCUUCUUCAUCCUCUCGCCAGUGCUUCAAAAGAUCAUCAAUCAUGCCUUCAAAAAGGGCAUCAACAAAGAAGCCAGAUUCACAUAGCGUUGAUCUUAGCGCAACUCAAUCAGCUGACGAUCUUAAAGCGGCAACGCAAAAUGGAUCAUCAACUUUGGACGGUGGAAAUGAGAAGGGACAUACAGAAUUACACGCCGCCGAUAUAAAGGCAAUCGUUCUGCUGGUCAUUUUGUAUUUCUUACAAGGUAUUCCCGUCGGCUUGGCUUUCGGAACAAUGCCAUUCUUAUUAAAAGCAAGAUUGUCAUAUAGUGAUAUAGGAAUAUUCUCCCUUGCAACAUAUCCUUACUCGCUCAAGUUGCUAUGGAGUCCAAUCGUUGACAGUUGCUUCGUGAACUCCUGGCGAGUUCCUUUUUUGAACAUCAAUUUGAGCUUGGGAAGACGUAAAUCUUGGAUCGUUCCUAUUCAAUUGAUCGUCGGUGCAAUGUUGUAUGCUUUAUCCGAACAUGCAGAUGCGCUACUUUUGGUCGAGAUGCCUAACGUAUAUCUCAUCACUGCACUCUUCUUCACCCUUGUCCUAUUUGCCGCCACUCAAGAUAUUGCCGUUGACGGCUGGGCUUUGACAUUGCUAUCAGACGAAAAUUUGAGCUAUGCAAGUACGGCUCAAACAGUAGGUCUCAAUACCGGAUACUUCCUAAGUUUUACCGUUUUCUUGGCCUUCAACAGCGUGGAGUUCUGCAACAAAUAUAUGCGUACUAUACCUUUGGAGUAUCCAAUUCUCUCUCUAGGUGCAUAUCUCAAGCUGUCAGCCUUAUGCUUCUUGUUCGUCACAACCUGGUUGUUAUUCUUCAAGAAAGAAGAUGCGGAACGCUCUGGCAAGGCCGAUAUGGAUCUGAGAAGCGUUUACGACACGAUGAUGCGAAUCUGCAAGCUAAAGCAUGUGCAAACGUUUAUCAUCAUUCACUUGGUCGCCAAGAUUGGUUUCCAGGCAAACGAUGCAGUAACCGGUCUUAAAUUGGUGGAAAAAGGUUUCGGAAAAGAGGACUUAGCAUUGACGGUUUUGAUCGAUUUCCCUUUUCAAAUCAUUUUGGGCUAUUUGGCCGCCAGAUGGUCGAAAGGUGACAAUGCUUUGCGUCCUUGGUUGGUGGGUUAUGUGGCAAGGUUGGGCUUUGCUAUUACCAGUAUGGCGAUCGUGGCCGGCUUUCCCAGUACAACCGCUAGUGAUGGCAGUAAGGUAGCCAUUCCGUUGAGCUACUUCUUACUGAUCGCCGUUACGACAGUCACUUCAAGUUUUGCAUCAACGGUUCAAUUUGUCGGUAUUUCCGCCUACCAUACACAAAUUGCAGAUCCGUUGAUCGGUGGUACGUAUAUGACCUUAUUGAAUACCGUCAGUAAUUUGGGUGGAACAUGGCCUCGUCCUCUGGUCUUGAAAUCGGUCGACUUGUUCACCAAUUCAAGAUGCUCGGUCACUUUGGGAGAUAAGAUGGUUGAAAUCUUACCAAAAUUAGUCAACAAUAGUGGAGAAUGUACGAGCGAUUUAGGUAAAUCAGCUUGUAAAGCUGCAGGCGGACAUUGUAUCAUCGAACGCGAUGGGUACUUUAUCACAUCUGGAAUAUGUGUCGUUUUAGGCGCAAUCGUCAUGGUAGGCUUCAUUUUGCCUAAAGCAAGACAGCUACAAAAGCUACCCGCAGCUGCAUGGCGGGUAAGCACGGAUAAACGAAGUGCAUAGAAUCUUCUUUCUUCAUGGGUGGACAACAAACAAUUCUGCGAACAAUGUUUAUUUGUACUAUAAGCAUUUCUUUCAUCAUCAUCAUGCGAAAACAAUACAUGACUUCGUCGUAAAAGCGAGUGGAUAUAUUAAUUUUGGAUAUAUGAGACAAAAAUA